AACGACACUUAACCGUCUUUGGUGGAUCGGCGUUGCCGUGUACAUGGUGUGAUGAUUUGGACGUCUAUAACGAAUUUUUUGGAUUAAAAUUAAAUUGCACAAAUAUUAGAGGUUCGAGUGCUCGGUCGAGUGUUUGUUAACAGGGAUCACCGAUCCUCGUUGAACAGGUUUAUCUAUUUUGGUAGUGGCAGCAGUGGAUAUUGUGUUCCAAAACUCAUCACUUUCCGCCACAUCUUUCAGUGCCAGAGCAAAAAAGAAAAGCAGUGACUGCGAUUCAAUUUGUUAGACAAGGAUAUACCUAAACUGUGUGUUUUUCCAGCUAACCAUAUUUCGGAAAUUUGGAGCAUAUAUAUAUUAUACACCUAUCUCAAAGAGAGAGACCUGGACCAACACCAAUUAUACUUAUCGUAUUCAACUGAACUGUCAAAUAAGUAACCUGAAUUAGUUUAUCAUGGGAUGCGAUGGUGGUACAAUUCCAAGACGAGACGAGCUUGUCAGAGUCAAGAAGAAGCCAGAAAAGAGAGAUAAGGAAGCUGAGUUAGCGUACCGCUGGAAACAUUGCUCAAUUCGACAAUUACCUUUACAAGCGCCAAUUGUAGCAUGCGGAUUUGGUCGACUGUACAGUAAAGAAUCGGUACUCGAAGGACUGUUGGAUCGUUCUGUUCUUCCCGAAUCUGCUGAACAUAUUAAAAAUUUGAAAGACGUGAAAAACUUGAAUUUGACUGCUAAUCCAGCCUACGAGGGUGACAAAAUUAAAAAUGGUGGAUACAUUGAUGAUGGAAAGAGCUCUUUUAUUUGUCCAGUCACAGGAUUGGAAAUGAAUGGAAAAUACAAGUUUUGCUUCUUGUGGAAUUGUGGAUGUGUCAUGAGUGAACGAGCAUUAAAAGAAAUCAAGUCGUUUACUUGUCACAAGUGUCAAAAACCUUUCACAGAUACAGAUAUAGUUAUUUUGAAUGCCCAAGAGGAUGAUUUAAAAACUAUGCAAGAAAAUAUUGUAAUACGUAAAGCUGAACGAAAAAGUAAGAAACGACAGAAUGAAGUUGUAAGUACAGAUAAUGGUACAGAAAAAGAUGAAAGUUCAAGCAAAAAGAUCAAGAAAGAAAAACAAGACAUACCUAAUAAAGUAAUAAAGAAAGAUGUACAAGACCCAGCAUACAAAAAAGCUAAAGAUGACUACAGCGUGGCUCAAGAUCCAAAAGCUUCUGAAGUUUUGAAAAGUAUAUUUACAACGCACAAAAGCGCUUCAGAACAAACCAGGGCUCACUGGGUAACAUACAAUCCUUUUUACAAUUAGGAUAACAAAAUUCAAUUCAAAUUCGAUUAUAUUGGUAUAAAUAUUGGUGUAUUUAAUUUAAUGUAAGUCAUACAAAAUUAUAAAAAUUUCAUAGGUAGUUUUAGAGUAAACAUACAGUUGGGUCGUUAAAAUAAUGUUUAUUUAGGGUAACAUUAAAUUAAUUUUGUAAUCAAACCAUUGACUUACCGAGAUGGACGAUUUUAUUUGUAAUUCUGAGUAAAUAAAGUAUUUAUCACAAAGAAUUGACUACUAGAUGUAUGUACAAUUAUUGUUAUUUAUUUGCAUC